UUCUGCCGCGCACGGAGAAGAUCGUGCGGAAUAAAGUCAAAACUCCAGUCGUUUGUGUGCCUACUACGAAGAAACGAAAAAACUUAAUCGUAGAAGUUUACAUUACGGACCUACAUUAACUAGUAAUAGCAUUUAUCUAAGGAGUUUUGGCAUAUUUAAUACGGAGGGAAACAAAUGCAAUAACGAAGAAAAAGGAGCUUUAGCGUUAAGUGCAGCACGUUAAGCGACAGAGGAAUUAGUAUUUUGUCAGGCUAAUAACGUUAACGUUAGUAUAGCGACAGUUCAUUGUGGUACGUUAACGUUAGCUGUUGUAACAGAUCCCCAGGGAGGGGAUAUUACAACUUCGACCCACAGUGGAGUGUUUUGAGGAAGCGUCUACUCGAUCUUCCGCGCUCUUGACUUGCUGCUGCUAAAGUUCCCCGGCGUUAAGGUGCAGCCACGCCGGGGGAAGGCACAGCGCGACGGCCGCUGCUCUCCGGCUAGCUCGCCUGCUGCUUCUGAUUCUUGGAUCGGGGCCUUGUCGGUGAGGCGACAAUGCUUGACAUAAUGUCUGAGCACCAAGAUUCACUUUUGACGUGCAAAACAGAACCUUUGCCCCCGGAGAGGAAAAAGAGGACUGUUGAGGACUUCAACAAGUUCUGCAGCUUCGUCCUUGCAUAUGCUGGUUACAUCCCCAGUCCAAAAGAGGAAAAUUCAUGGUCUCCAACAUCAUCCAGCUCUGCACACAGUUCAGGGUUGUCGGCAGAUGGAGGUGGUGGAGGCAGCAGCUCCACCGGCAACACAUGGGCUGAUGGAAGUUCCGACAUUCAUACCAUCCAUACAUUUGUUCGUAAAGCUCGAGCAAAUAAGGGCAAAAACAUUCGCCGCAUGCACUCUGAUAGCACUCUGCUGGACAAGAUGCGCCUUAAAGACUCCCUGUAUGAGGGCCAGGCCAGCACUAAGGCAGAGCGCAAGAAAGACAAAAAACUGAAAAAGCUGUCAUUGGGCUCUGCCAUGACGGCGGCAGAUAGUGGCAGUAGCGAAGGCGAGAAAAGAGCCCGCAUUAAACGCAGCAAAAACUCUAAACAGCCAAAGCCUAAGAAGUUCAAAAGUUUAGCUGCUCAAAGCGAGACAGACUCUGAGGCACGGCAUACACAUACAGAGGUACGACCUGCCAGAGAUGAGCUGACGGAGCACGGGGCCUCCACCCCAAGUAUGCAGGGCCUGGGUAAGAUGCAGCCAGACGAGUCCAGGGAAGCGGAGAUGAGCUCCAGUGAGGGUGAGACCUGGAUCGCCGAUGAAGACAUUAUGGUGGAGUCAGGGGAUGAUUCAUGGGACUUGAUCACCUGUUACUGUGGGAAGCCGUUUGCAGGACGGCCAAUGAUCGAGUGCAACCAGUGCGGCAUAUGGGUGCACUUGUCGUGUGCAAAGAUCAAGAAGUCCAAUGUCCCAGACAUCUUUUACUGCCACAAGUGCAGGGACUUGCGGCGGUCUGGACACAAAAAAGACCCCUAGGCAUGAAGAGGAUGGGAGGGACAAGGACAACCCACCCUUUUUUUGCUCUCCUCUGACACUUGUUUUCUUUGAUGCCUACAGCCAAAACAGCCUAAACUAUCACCUGGAUGGCAACUGUAUUGUCAGUUUGUAGGAUUUCUUUUGACAAUCACAACCAUUCUUAUUUAUCCCUCACAGUUUCUUUUUUAUUUUUCUUUGGCUACUGUGAAGAAAUGGACAGAAAGCAACGGGGACAGCGGAGAAUCAUUUAUUUGUUACUAACAAUUCAUUAAUUGGCUUUCUUGUUUCAUACUGUGCUGGUGAUUUGCACACAAACUUUCACACUUAUUCAUAUACUAAAGGUGCAUUUUGACUUGUAAAUUAUUUCUUGAGGAUAUCGACAAAUCAGUGAAAUUUCCUUUAGUAUCUCAAGGAGUAUCAUUUUCAGUUUGCUAGCCUUUUCCUCUCAACUUCAAUCAAUGCAAGGUUAUUUUGAAAUGAAUAGCGUAACAGAUGAAAAACGUUGCCCGUUGUUUGUGUAGAAGUAUGUCAUAAUGCUAGAUGGGCAGCUCUUUUUAUUUUUGAGUUUGCGUUUUUGUUUUGGUUGUCAGUGAUGAUCACUGAACUUUAAAAUCUAGAGAUCUCACUCCUCGAGAAGAAGUUCUUUAAAUUCAUAGAAUUCGUCAAAUAUUAUUACUUUGCUUCGACAAAUGCAUCUAAAUUGCUACAUUUCAAAUUGCACACAGACAAUUCUCAGCAGUGCACUUUUUUAAAAUAUAAACCCAAAUAGCAUUCCAGUUCAUAUGUGGCUGGUAUUUGGGCUAUGAUGAGCUACGGCCGAAUUCAAAUCUGUACUUGGCAUGUGGCUGCGUACAUUCAUGAUUGAGCGCUUGGUUCUCCCUGUCUGGCUUGUUAAUCAAUGAUGGCCAUUUACCAUGAACAACAUUACAUUGGAAGCUUUUCAAUUUUGAUGUUUUUGUUUCAUGCGUGGUUUUAGUUUUUCAUGUUUAAAAACUCAUCUGAAUGAGGGCGUAAUGUUGCUGUACGACGAAUGGUUUGGCAGUGCUUUACAAUAUCAAAGUGGCUCCGAGGCUCGUUUAAGAAUGGUUGUAAAAUAUUUGCUUUUCUGUUUCAUGUAAUUGUUUAUUUCUUAGCUUUCUAAGAAGCUGGAUUAGAGAUGGACAGAAGAUUGUCUCACAUCGAGAACAAAGUUGUAGUGUACAGAAAAUAAGUUGACGCUGCGUAGGUUGUGGCGCUUGUUUAUGUUGUUUGGUUUUACCAUGUGCUUUUUCUUUUGUUGAUGGGAGAGUCUUGGUAAGUCUCCAGUAGCAGUUGCACUCUCUCUAAAACUUCAAUUCUGUGUACAUAUCCUUGUUCUUUGACAGCUGUACAUAUGUGAAAGUGAAGAGAGAAAAUACCCAAGCAAAAUCUAUAUUUUCUGCAGUCUAUUGUUUUCUUUAAUUGUAGCUUGAAAAAUAAAAGUCCUUGGGAACAUAA